GUCGUCAUUGUUGUUUCUCUUAACUUCGAAGUUUGAAGAACCGGUUUUUAAUUAAAAAAAUAGUCUAAAUUGCUAAGAAACUUGCUGAGAAAUUCAAAAAGACUCUUUCUUUGGCUUUUCCAUUUCUUGUAUAUAACUGGGUCUUGAUUCAAUUUUCUUACUUUUCACUUUUCAACAAUCAAGUACUCUCUUCUUUUAUUCUUCGCAAAAAAGAAAAGUUCUUUCUUCUUUUUAAUUUCUGUCUUACAGGAAAAGAUCGUUAUAUUUUGUCAGCCAUGGCUUCUCAAGAGCAUCUUGACAAGAUGCAGCUCCGCCAGAAUUACAGGAAUCUCUGGCACACUGAUCUUAUGCACACCAUUCAAGCUGACGCCCCUUAUUGUUGCCUUUCUUUUUGGUGUGGCCCAUGUGUGUCUUACUUGCUCCGCAAACGAGCUCUUUACAAUGACAUGUCAAGGUAUGUCUGUUGUGCUGGUUAUAUGCCCUGCAGUGGCAGGUGUGGUGAAAGUCGAUGCCCAGAAUUUUGUCUUGCCACAGAGGUUUUCUGCUGCUUUGGAAAUUCUGUGGCCUCUACUCGCUUUCUAUUGCAAGAUGAAUUCAACAUCCAGACAACAAAAUGUGAUAAUUGUAUCAUUGGUUUUAUGUUCUGUCUCCAACAAAUUGCAUGCAUCUUCUCCAUCGUUGCAAUGAUUGUGGGGAGUGAGGAAAUUUCAGAGGCUUCUCAGUUACUUUCAUGUUUGGCUGAUAUGGUGUAUUGCACGGUCUGUGCCUGUAUGCAGACACAACACAAGAUCGAGAUGGACAAACGGGAUGGAAAAUUUGGGCCUCAAGUGAUGGCAGUGCCCCCGGUUCAGCAGAUGUCCCGCAUUGAUCAGGCAAUCCCCCCCUCUGUUGGAUAUCCACCCCAAGCGGCGUAUGGACAACCUUAUGCUCAAGGCUAUCCUGCAUCUGGUUACCCUCCUCCAUCCAACUACCCACCACCUGGUUAUCCACCUUCUGGCUAUUCUAGGUGAUCUUUUCGCUGUGACGCAUGUUGGUUUGCCACCCCAGAGGAGAAUUCUAGAGUAGGUGUUGAUUUGGUGCUGAUAAAUUCCAAAUUUGUGAGUUGUGUAUCCAGUGGGGAAAAGAGUGGGAGCUACUUCUUCUGUUAAUUUUACAUUGGGGUAAAUACACAGUACGAAAUUCGGGUGUGCUUUGAUAUUGUUGUGCGUUUAUAGGAACUGAGAAUUGAGACCUAAUUGUUUUUCUCCUGAAUAUUUUCCAUGUCCUUGUAUCCCAUGCUACUACCAGUAUGUAAAUUUAAUAUUUUCUUGCGUUCACUAAA